AUGCUUCAAAGAUCGCUUAUUGUAUUUGCUCUGUGCUUGAGCUAUAGUACUCCGUCAGUUUUGGCGUUCUCACCUGGUGCAAGGAAUACAAAGAAAACAACUUUCUCGGGGAAAACAAUCUUGCAAAGCAGUGAGGAUAGCCCUGAAGAACCGGAAGUUCCACAACAGAUUCCCCAGCAACCUCCUGCUCCGAGACAAAAGCGAAUGGAUCCAUUGUUGGCAUCACUAACGAAACAAGAUCCUUCGAUCGCCAAUGCGCCAACGACGACUGUUCCGUUGUUUGGUGAGAUACCAGCUGAUAGUGUGAAAGUCUUGGUGCCAAUUGCUGUCGUUGGAAUCAUGGGCUUCCUUUACAGUAUUGUUGUGACUGUAAGCUCUGGAGACGAAUUGACUGCAAUUCUGAUGCAAGCAGGCAAUGCUAUUUCAGAAAAAGCUGCAACGCAACCCAACCAGGUAUACGAUCCUGAUGUCUGCAGAGGUAUCUGCACACCAGAUCAGUCGGGACUGAAAGUUUUCAUGGAAUCUCUUCGCAAGUAA